AUGGGCUUGGGGCCCACAGAAGUUGUGAUUUUGACUGGCGCGGGCAAUGGGAUCGGCCUAGCAAUCACCAAGGGACUGUUAAAAUCCGCAAAAGUCGCUCAUAUCGUCGCCGUCGAUCUACAAACGCGCCAGUUGGAAAUACUCGAGAAGGAUAGCGCUGGACGACUUCACAUUCUUCAGGGAGAUGUAACUCAGAAUAAGACGAAUGAACACGCCGUGCAGCUGGCAGUCGAGAAAGGUGGUCAGAUAAACUCGAUCAUCCUCAAUGCUGCCGUGGUCAGGCCGAUUGGGCCGCUAGCUACACUUGCUCUCGAUGACUGGAAAAAGACAUUUGACGUCAACUUCUUCUCCUCUAUUGAUCUUAUUCAGCAAGCUCUGCCAGAGCUGAGGAAAGUGAAUGGUAACAUCCUCAUGACAACGACACGAGUUUGUUGGUCCCCAACUGAGUCCUGGACCUGCUAUGCAUCCACGAAGGCAGUGGUCAACUAUUUCUGCUCAUGUCUGCCCCUGGAAGAACCGCAGGUGAGAAGCAUUGCCAUAUCUCCCGGCGCAGUGGCUACCGAGAAUAUGGCUGGAAUCACCAAAGAUCCUGGAUUUUCAAAGAAUAUCAGCCAGUUUCUGCAAGACCUGGAGUUGAGUGGGAAGCUACUGUCACCCGAUCAGCCUGCUGCAGCGUUCGUCAAGUUGGUGGAGGACGGAGUCUCGGAAGAGUUCAAUGGCAAGUCAGUCAAUUGGGACCAGGUUCUUGGGAUUGGGAAGACCCAGACGUGGAGGCAAUCGUGA